GUGCGUGCAGGUACAUGUGCACGGAAGCUCACCAGCAUGCACAUAAAGUGCAAGCUGUCCUCCAAAAUCUGAUAAAAUCUGUCUCAAGGUAAAGAAAAAAUAAAAAAGGUGCAGAGGGGGUGAAGGGAUAUUAUCUCCUUCACCACUAUCUUUCCAUCCCUGUGAUCAGUGUGUGAGAGAAGGACAGAUAAGUAAUAAGGUGAGAAGUCUUAGGCCACAGCUCCUCCCCUCUCCUUGUUUCUGGCCCAAUCAUAUGGGAUUAUAGAUCUUUUAUGCCAGGUAUCUCCCUUGACAUGACUGUAAGAAGUAGAUGAAGCAGAGUCCAGCAGAUAGGGAAAAUAAGAAACUAGAGACUGUAGCGUGAACUGAGAAGAGAAGCAAAGAGAGGAAGAAGAAGGUGCGAGGAAGACCAAGUGGAAACAGGAAUGAAGUAUCCUACUGCAUCUCAGAGUAGAUCGCUUUUAGAUAUGGAAGUAGCAAACUAUUGUGAAGGCCUGGAUCCAUCAUUCAGCAUGCUGGGCUUUGAGAAUGCAGAGGUGCUCUGUGGAGGAGGAGACAGCAUGCCGACAGAGCCGAGCCUGCCAGUCGGUCCAGACGGGGUCGGCAGUAACUGUGCCAUCUGUGGAGACAAAGCCACAGGGAAACACUACGGAGCCUCCAGCUGUGAUGGCUGUAAAGGCUUCUUCAGACGCUCCAUACGCAAGAGCCAUGUCUACACCUGCAGGUUCAACCGACAGUGUAUUGUGGAUAAAGAUAAGAGGAACCAGUGUCGUUUCUGCAGACUUAACAAGUGCUUCAGGGCUGGCAUGAAGAAAGAAGCUGUACAGAACGAGAGAGAUCGGAUCAGCUCCCGAAGAAGUAUCCCUGACAGCCAAGACUUGCCACCCAUUACUAUUUUGGCCCAAGCUGAAUCACUGUCCCAACAGAUCACUGCUCCUAUUGGAAUAGUAGACAUAUCUGAGCAGAAGUCAGCCACUAUCGGAGAUGUAUGUGAUUCCAUGAGACAACAGUUGUUGGUGUUGGUGGAAUGGGCUAAGUACAUUCCUGCAUUUGGAGAACUGCCACUGGAUGACCAGGUGAGUUUGCUCAGGGCUCAUGCAGGUGAACACCUUUUGCUUGGGGUCGCCAAAAGAUCAAUGCCAUUCAAGGACUUCCUGCUUUUAGGUAUCGGCUGUGUGAUCCACAGAAACAGUCCUGAACAAGAGAUAUAUAAGGUAGCCAACCGAGUGCUGGAUGAGCUGGUCCAGCCCUUUCAGGAUAUUCAAAUAGACGACAAUGAGUAUGCAGCGCUCAAGGCUAUUGUCUUCUUUGACCCAGAUGCAAAGUCUUUGCGGGACCCAUCGAAGAUCAAGGCCAUUCGUCUGCAGGUCCAGAUGAGUCUGGAAGACUACAUUAAUGACCGUCAGUAUGACUCCAGGGGUCGUUUUGGAGAGCUGUUGCUCCUGCUGCCCACCCUGCAGAGCAUCACCUGGCAGAUGAUCGAACAGCUCCAGUUCAUUAAGCUCUGUGGCCUGGCCAAGAUAGACAACCUGCUGCAUGAGAUGCUGCUGGGAGGCCUUACGUCAGAGCCCACACACGUGCACCACCCUGCACACACCCAGCUGGCCCAGGACCCUUUGACUGGACACACACUGGUCAUCAGCACCAUGCCUGUUGCUCACACUCCACAUAUAGCCUCACCAGACACUCCCAUCCCAUCGCCCCCUCAGGGUCCUGCCCCAGAGAAGUACAAACACUUUCCUCCAGCCAGCCCCUCGCCUAACACACAGACAGAUCUCUGACUUCCCCCUGCACCCUGUCAAAGAAGCUGACACGGGCAUAGUUUUUCUUGUCCCCUAUUCAUCAUCCCAGUCAUGGUAUAAAGAUUAUGAAAGCUAUCCCUGUUCAGUGUCUGUGGUUGGACUUUACCCUGCUUCUUCUCCCUCUGACUCCUGGUGGUGUUGCAACAAUAACCAAUACAUAAUUAAAGUUGCUGUGUGCAGCACUUUCAAACUUCAAUAUGUCACUCUCUAAUGCAGUGAACUAAUGAAACACCAAACUAGGGUUUGACAAAAUAUGCUGUGCAUUUUUGUGGUCACCUAAAACUAAUACACUGGUUUUUCCUUCCAGUAUCACGGUUUUACAACACUUCAUGUCAAUAAGGCACAUGCCCAUAGACAUAAUGUAUAACAACUGUAAAACUAGAUAUUAGUCUGUUAAAAAAAUAUGCAAUCUUAAACCUUUGCAAUGUUUAAAGUGUAGUUUUAUUUUAUUUUUUAUUGACUAAUGUCUUGUUUGAUUGGGCACAGAUGUACAGAAAAUGCCCAGUCCUUAUGUGCAGUCCGUCACUUAUUAUGCAUAUUAAAUGUUAAGUCCUGACAAUGGUAAAUGUACGAAAUACUAUCUAAUCAUAAAUUACAGAGGCAACAGCAAUGGAAAAAAUUCAUGGCUUACUGUUAACAAAUUACAGCUGGCCAUCGAAUACAAAUCAAUGCUCUGUUUUGUUCAUACAGUAUGCAUCAAUGGGGCCCAAUACUCAUGUAAACUGGUCUAAGAUCAGUAAUUGUGUUCUAAAGAACUUCAGAGUUGACAUAUUAUGGAGUAUACAGAGGAAGUACAAUAGCCUGUGGCCAAGAUCAACAUAAUAAUAAUAAUAAUAAUAAUAAUAAUAAUAAUAAUAAUAAUAAUAAUAAUAAUAAUAAUAAUAAUAAUAUGUAUAGCUUAUAAAUACCUCAUGUUAAAUGCAUAAAAGAAAUGUGGAUAAAUUGUAAUAUUUUAAAAACUUUCUGUAUAUAGUCAAAUGGAUGAUAGGAAAUAUUUGGAUCAUCAAGGUGUUUUGUUACAGUAUAUUCACUUUCUACAAUCGACUGUUUAUUUUAAUUUAGUUUUUUGUUGACAAUGUGUACAUUCCUCAAUUUAGGCAGUAUAUUGAUUAACAUUUUAUUUUUUAGUUUUUUAUUUGCAAUAAUUUGUUUGAAUGUGGAUUAAAUGGAAAUGCAUUACAUUGUGUAGAUACAGCAAGAGAUUUACAAAAGUCCCAGUAUGGUAUGGCACAGUAGCACCCUCUUGCUGUCAAGAGAGGAAAUACAACAGGGCAACAGACGUAAAUGGACUAUUUUUGUUGUACAUGUUGAAUGCGUCGGUACACCAUGUGAAAUGAGUAUGCAUUCAUUCAUUCAUUCAUUCUUCAGUUGUUUCUUUAUGUAGGGAAAAGUAAAGAUGUGAGAUGGAAAAAGAGAAAUUCAUUUUCAAUCAAAGAUGAAUCUUUUGCCACAGCAAACCAUUUCAAUAGUUAUAGCUAAAAAAUAAAUGGAAAUUGACGUUU